AUGUGGUUCUUUCGGAUUCUCUCGUCGGCCUUCUUCCUCACCGUCACCGUCUCCUCCAUUCCGCUGGCUUUCGAUGUGGGUGGUAAAACAUGUGGUCUGGCCUUCUCUCUGUCUCUCGCGACCUUUUACUUCCUCUUUUCUCUCUUGAAACUCACCACACCUGAUCGAUCGUGGUUCCGAUCAUCCUUGAUCGUUGUGAUUCGCUCGACGCAAUGGCUUAUCAUCCCAAUCCUCCUGAUUUGGUCAUUGAACCGCUUCUCAAUUGAUACGGACAACACAAGUAGCUGGGUGGAACGCACUUUCAGUGGGAAGAGAGCCCAGGACUCGUCAGUCCAGGAGUGGCUCUUUGGGCCUGAUGGACUCGUCGAAACUGUGACGAUCGGCAACUGGGAUAAACUUCUAACAUGGUCCACACCGGUCUUUCAGCUUGUUGAAGGAUUUUGUAGCUUGCUGGUCAUCCAAGCGGCUGGCCAGAUCACUCGGUGGCUCGUCAACCGCGGAGGGCGGAGUGAUAGUUGGAUGAUUGCCCUCCUCGUUCUAUCCGCGUCAGUGAUAUCGAGCUCCGUGUACUUCCUUUGGCGAGUUCUACAGUUUCCAGAAAUCUCGAAUGUUGAUGCUGCUCUGAUUGGUGUAUCGAUAACCUGUGCCGUGAUUUUGUGCGCCUGGGGUAUUGGCAGUGGCCGCGGCAAUCCGGUUGAGAGCUCUUUGCUGUUCGCCUACGUUGUCUUGUGCAUCUAUCAGAUUUUCACCGAUUAUCGCCCAUCGUACCCAAUCGAGCAAAGUUCGGCCCCAUCCCAAGUUGGCGACUUCCCGCCACUUCCACCAAUUAUCAUGGCGUCGUAUACCACCAUUAGACAUGCAUUGUCUUCCCUGCCGUCCAUCAUCCAUGCCGCCUUCAAUGUCAUCACCGCUGUCUUCAGCGCCGUGACCCCCUCGGUCUUGAUUUCACUCGCAUACCGCAUCUUUGUUCUUUAUGCGUCCACACGAAUCAUUCCUGCUGUCCGCGAAUCUGGAGCACGCGCUCUUUCGCAAGAAGCCUCACUGGAUGACACCGAUGCCGCCGGCCAGUUUUUGGGUUUCCUGAGCUACUUCUCACCCUCGAUUCUCAUCGCUGUCUACACCAGCCUGUUAAUGCAGCACUUUUCUUCCACAUCACAAGCGAUGGGGGGUAGCGGUGAAUGGUGGAGCAGCCAAGGCGGCGGCGUGGGAAAUCUGUGGAGAUGGAUCAACCUCGCCUGCACCCUGGGUUUGUACGCUGUCGAGCUAUGGCUCGGCGAGAACAAUGAUUUGGACACUGGAUUGGCUGGUCACUGGAAGACGGACUGA